UGCGAGACGCCCGCGCAGCCGAGGGACCCCAACGCGCGGAGUAUGAGCGGCCGGCCGGCCGGAGAGCGACCGGGGGAGACUUCUUGCGCGCCACGCUGAGCGGCGGAGCCGGGUCGGGGCAGCGGGUACGGGGUAGCCCGUGCUUGGGCGGCCGGCCGGGCGCAGAGCCAUGGGGAGCCCCCGCGCCGCGCUGCUGAUGCUGCUCCUGCGUCCGAUCAAGCUGCUGAGGAGGCGCUUCCGGCUGCUGCUGCUGCUCGCCGUGGUAUCUGUGGGACUCUGGACUCUGUAUCUGGAGCUGGUGGCGUCGGCCCAGGCCGGCGGGAACCCCCUGAAUCGCAGGUAUGGCAGCUGGAGAGAACUGGCCAAGGCCCUGGCCAACAGGAACAUUCCAGCUGUUGAUCCCAAUCUCCAAUUCUAUCGUCCCCAGAGGCUGAACUUCAAGGACCAAGAAAUUUCCCGAAGUAGGAGUAGGAACAGUAGCUACUUGAAGUGGAACAAGCCUGUCCCCUGGCUUUCAGAGUUCCGGGGACAUGCCAACCUGCAUGUGUUUGAGGACUGGUGUGGCAGCUCUAUCCAGCAGCUCAGGAGGAACCUGCACUUCCCGCUGUACCCCCACAUCCGCACAACCCUGAGGAAGCUGGCUGUGUCCCCCAAGUGGACCAACUAUGGUCUCCGCAUAUUUGGCUACCUGCACCCUUUUACUGAUGGGAAGAUCCAGUUUGCCAUCGCUGCUGAUGACAAUGCCGAAUUCUGGCUGAGUCAUGAUGACCAGGUCUCGGGCCUUCAGCUGCUGGCCAGUGUGGGCAAGACAGGAAAGGAAUGGACAGCCCCUGGAGAGUUUGGGAAAUUUCAGAGUCAAAUUUCCAAGCCAGUGAGCUUAUCAGCCUCCCUCAGGUACUACUUUGAGGUGCUGCACAAACAGAACGAUGAGGGCACUGAUCACGUGGAGAUCGCGUGGAGACGGAAUGACCCUGGAGCCAAGUUCACCAUCAUUGACUCCCCCUCCUUGUCCCUCUUCACAAAUGAGACCACCCUAAGGAUGGAUGAGGUGGGCCACAUCCCACAGACAGCAGCCAGUCAUGUGAGCUCCUCCAAUAAUCCCCCCAGGGAUGAGCAGCCACCAGCUGACAUGCUGCGGCCUGACCCUCGGGACACCCUCUAUCGAGUGCCUCUGAUCCCCAAGUCCCAUCUGCGCCAUGUCCUGCCUGAUUGUCCCUACAAACCCAGCUACCUGGUAGACGGGCUUCCGCUACAGCGCUAUCAAGGCCUCCGCUUUGUUCAUCUGUCCUUUGUUUAUCCCAAUGACUAUACCCGUCUGAGCCACAUGGAGACCCACAAUAAAUGCUUCUACCAUGAAAGUGCCUACGACCAGGAAAGGUCCAGCUUCCAGGAGUAUAUCAAGAUGGACAAGCCAGAGAAAGAGGGCCUGGAGCAGCCAGGUUUUGAGGAUGACCUUCUAGAAGAAUCCCAGUAUGAAGAAGUAGCAGAGGAGAUCCCUGCCUCCCGAGAUGAGGACGCUGGGACACUAGGGAGGAAGCCACAGACUACUUCCACCCCGGGGCUGGGCAUCACUGACUACCACCUCCGGAAGCUCUUGGCUCAUCCGCAGAGCGGCCCACUGGCACAUUUUUCCAAAUACAACUCUACACCUCCCUUUCCAACAAGGGCAAGUGACAUCCUAGACCGGCAGCCAGAGAAAAGGAAGGGGAAAAGUAGCCCUGUGACCAACCAAGAUUUGUCUCAUUCUGACAAGGGGACCCUGAAGAACCUGCCUCUCAUUCCGAGAGCUCGACCCACUAGGGACAGUCCUGGGAAGACUCUGGAGCAGUCUCAGUGGCUGAAUCAAGUGGAGUCCUUUAUUGCUGAGCAGAGACGGGCUGACCGGAUGGAGCCCCAGGCUCCUGCUCCUAGCAGGGACUGGCGUGGGGAGGAGGAAGUGGUGGUAGCAGCGGGCCAGGAAGGAGAAGUGGAGGAAGAGGAAGAGGGGGAAGAAGAGGAGGAAGACAUGAACGAAGCGUUCGAAUAUGUACCUGUGUUUGACCCGGUGGUGAACUGGGACCAGACCUUCAGUGCUCAAAACCUCGACUUCCAAGCCCUGAGGACCGACUGGAUUGAUCUGAGCUGUAACACAUCUGGCAACCUGCUGCUUCCGGAGCAGGAGGCCCUGGAAGUCACACGGGUCUUCCUGAGAAAGCUCAGCCAGAGGACCCGGGGGAGAUACCAGCUGCAGCGCAUUGUGAAUGUGGAGAAGCGCCAGGACCGGCUGCGUGGAGGCCGCUACCUCCUGGAGCUUGAACUGCUGGAAGGCCAGCGCCUGGUGCGCCUCUCAGAGUACGUGUCCACUCGAGGCUGGCGGGGAGGUGACAGCAUUGGUGGAGAGGACACAGAAAACCGGAACCUGCAGGGCUUGGUCUGGAGCCCACAUCGUCGCCGCAGACAUUUGCUCAAUGUCCAGGAUCCAGAGCCAAAACUGUGCUGGCCGCAAGGUUUCUCCUGGAACCAUCGAGCUGUGGUCCACUUUAUCGUGCCUGUGAAGAACCAGGCUCGCUGGGUGCAGCAGUUCAUCAGAGACAUGGAGGGCCUGUCCCAAGUCACUGGCGACCCUCAUUUCAACAUCAUUAUCACAGACUACAGCAGCGAGGACAUGGAUGUGGAGAUGGCUCUGAAGAGAUCCAGGCUGCGGAGCUACCAGUACCUGAAGCUGAGUGGAAACUUUGAGCGCUCCGCUGGACUGCAGGCUGGCGUAGAUCUGGUGAAGGAUCCACACAGCAUCAUCUUCCUCUGUGACCUGCACAUCCACUUCCCAGCAGGAAUCAUCGAUACCAUCCGCAAGCACUGUGUAGAGGGCAAGAUGGCCUUUGCCCCCAUGGUGAUGCGGCUGCACUGUGGGGCCACCCCGCAGUGGCCUGAGGGCUACUGGGAGGUCAAUGGAUUUGGGCUGCUUGGCAUCUACAAGUCCGACCUGGACAAGAUUGGAGGAAUGAACACCAAGGAGUUCCGAGAUCGCUGGGGAGGCGAAGACUGGGAGCUGCUGGACAGGAUCCUCCAAGCAGGCCUGGAAGUGGAUCGGCUCUCCCUCAGGAACUUCUUCCAUCACUUCCAUUCCAAGCGAGGCAUGUGGAAUCGCCGCCAGGUGAAGAUGCCAUGACCACCAGGGACAGCUGCGUACGGCUCCUUUACUUCCGGUUGACUUCAAGAGGGACUAUGAGGAACAGAAGCCUCGGUGCUCACUGACCUCUCCACCAGGGACAAGUGUGGAGGCCCCUCUGCCACCCACCGAGUUGACAGUUGGAACAGCUGCAUAGGAUGGGCAGUGAGGUCCAAAAGAAAACACCCUCUUGAAUAGGAUACCAUCAUGGACCACAAGGGUGCACCCCCACAGCCCCAGCCCUCCUCGUGGGGAGUGUUGACCAUGAACAAGAAACUUCAGUGGGACAGAUUUUAUUUGGAGUGGAGGCGAGUGGGGAAUAAUUUGUAACAGAAUGAAGACUUCUGUCUAGACCCAGCACUGACUGGGAGUGAAGCUGUGCAUUGCAGACCUCAGACCCACUGAGGUGCUGGUCCCAUGUGGAGUACCUCAGCUCCAGGCUCAGUCUGUGCCUUUGAAACACACACAUUCGUCCUGGUAGUCACUGGACAGCUAGCCGGCCACCGACUGGGUAUUAACCCAACUCCUACAGAGAGGGUUCUUUAGUGGAAACCCAACAUUGGUGGCAUCUACCUACUGCAACGGGGUGCAGAGCGGGAAUGGGUGGGCAGUGGGCCCAUUCUCCCCAUUGUCUGACAUGUGGGCUGUGUAGAACCCGCAAGGCCAUGCUGGCUGAGAAAUGCCCCUUCUCCUUUGGCUCGCCUGCCAGUUAAGACCUGGAGAUAAUAGAGAGACCACCAAAGGUGACAUAGGUAACCCUUAAGUCAACUUCUUAAGUGAGAAUUUGGGAGGGACUAAGCAGGGAGUGGCAAGGGAAGAAAAUGUAUACCGUAAGCUUAGCAGCCCUGUGGCCUUACCCUCUCUGGAGAGAGUCCCAGCCUCCCCACCCUGAAGAGAAGAGGCAGUAAAACCUGGCCAUCUCAUAAGGGACAGGGUGAGGUGGGGGAAGCAAGGCCAUGGACAGGAAGAACUGAAAAAUGGUUAGUUUUGGGGACAGCAGCCUGUAACCUUUUCUGUCUUUGGCUACCCGUUCUGUCCCCUAAUGUCACAUACUUACCUUGCACCAAUAGUCCCAGUGCUCUGUGGCUGGGACUUCCUGCUGCUGCUGCUGCACCAGCGGAGCAUUAGAUGCUGGGUAUUAAACCCAGUCUGUGGGGGAAUUGGCGCAGCGCCUUUCCGCUUUGAGAAAGGACUAAUGGGGUGUGCAACAGAAAGGGUUCCACUCCGCGGAGCCUGCCUUUCACGCUGUGAAUCGAAAGCGCAGCAUUUGGAGCUGCAGGACCCAUGUGGUGGACUCUGCAAGUACCAAGAACAGUUUGGCAUCUGCAAAGUGGUACCCACUGGGAACCCGCUGGGCCUUGCCUUUAAGCAAUCAGAAGGGCAGGGCGGUUCUGUCCAUGGGUUGUGGCCUCUUCUCAUCCCUGCUCAGGCCUUCUGCCCUUUAGAAAAGGCACAUAGGAAGUAGGUUAGGGCUACAGUCGGGCAGCUGGAGUGCCAGGCUUCUCUAAGGCCAUGGAUUCUUGGAAUUGGGCUGGAAGGCCAAAGCCAGUCCCUGCAGUCCUCUGUUUCUGAGGACUGGGAGCCCUCCAGGCCUUCUCCACCCUGCUCACCACCUUCCUCCCAGGUCUAGUGCCUUGUGUUUGAUGUCUGUUACCUCCUUACCAUCUGCCUUAAGGGAAAGGAAAGUGCUGUGGGUGGGGAGAGGGAGGAGGGCACUAAAGUCAGCAUCUUAGAAAACAAAAGACUGUUUCCCUGUUGCCCAAGAACCAGGAGACAACACUGGUGUCCCUCAGCUGUUUGCUCAGUUACAGCUAAGGACUGUCCCUUGCCUUCGGCCUCGGUGCUUGCUGACAGAAAGGGCAAACUUUCUGUGUUGUGGUGUGCUGUCCUGGCUGUAUCUCACAGUCUCGGCAGCCCAGGUUAGAGGAGGUCACAACCUUAGCUGGAGAGGCUCCCCCCGCCUGAAGAAGGCUGGCUGGAACAGUGCAACCGUAAUCCCAGCACUUGGGAAGCUGAGACAUGAAGAUCUGGCGUGCAGGGCCAGCCUAGGCUACCUAACAAGAACCUGCCUAAAUAAAGAAAUAAAGAAAUGAAAAAGUUUCUU